AUGCAUUAUCAACUGAUUCAAUUAUUAAUCAUAGGAUAUUGUAUUAUUUAUUUUACUGAAUCAAGUUUUAUAUUUAAUGUAACAGAUGCUAAUAAACUUUUAUGUUAUUCAUGUAAAGGUAGCAACUGUGAAAAAAUUUCAUCUAAACACAAUAAUCUGAUUGCAUGCAAUAAAAAUACACAAUUAUGUUGGGCUGGUUUUGUUGAUCAGAAACCAUAUAGAACAUGUGCGAGUCGUUAUUGUACACCACAUGAUAUCUCACUUGAUAGUGAUGUUCGUAUUGAAACGUGUUGCCAUUCAAAUUUAUGCAAUGCUGUUUCACUUCCUAAGUCAAUAGGAAGUGAAUGGUAUACGAAACAUUUAACUCAAGAUUCCACAACUUCGACUGUUAGUAGUACAGCAUCUACUACUAAACGAACAAAAACAAAGAAAACUACUACUACAACAACACAAGUUUAUGUUGUAAAUGAAAUAGUCAAUGGUGAAAAAAUACCACCUACAUUUACAGAUAGUAGUGAUCAAGAUGAUGAUUUAAAUGUGGCUUCAUCACAAUCAUAUGGAAGUCAAACAGUUGGUUCUGGUAUUAUUAAUUGGGACCGUAUACCAUAUGAUAAAGACUUUAGUAACCGAGUUGUAUCGAUAAGUAAACUUGUAAUUCUCAUUAUACCAGUUUUACUAGUUUUAAUAUUCUAA